AUCACCCCCAAUUUGCAGUUGAGAUGGCAGGAGAGAAGGAACCGAUGGCAGGAGAGAAGAAAGAAGCAAUGGCGGAAGGGAAAAAGAAAAAACCACGUCACCAUGGUAGCCGCAAUCCUGUGUUGGCUCGGGGUAUCGGUAGAUUUUCCCGCUCUGCCAUGUAUUCUAGGAGAGCCAUGUAUAAGCGAAAAUAUAGAGCUCCCGAGACAAAAAUUGAGAAGAAGUUGAAGGAAAAGACUCCCUUUUCAAUUACCAAGCCUGUCGGAGGAGACAAAAAUGGUGGUACCCGUGUUGUCAAAAUUCGCAAAAUGCCACGCUAUUACCCCACUGAAGAUGUUCCUCGCAAAAGGAUUAGUCAUGGUAAUAAACCUUUCAGCCAACACAAAAGGCAUCUUCGUGCAUCUAUCACCCCAGGGACUGUGCUUAUCAUGCUUACUGGUCGCCACAGGUGUAAGCGUGUAAUUUUCCUGAAGCAGCUUGAUAGUGGCCUGUUGCUGGUGACUGGUCCUCUGGCUCUCAACCGUGUCCCACUGCGUAGGGUUCACCAGAAAUUUGUCAUUGCAACAUCGACAAAGAUUGACCUGUCAGGUGUAAAAAUUCCCAAACAUCUGACUGACUCCUACUUCAAGAAGAAGAGACUGCGCAGGCCUAAGCAUCAGGAGGGCGAGAUUUUUGAUACUGAGAAAGAGAAAUAUCAACUAACAGAACAGCGGAAGAAAGACCAGAAGACAGUUGAUUCCCAAAUCCUGCCCAUUGUUAAAAAGACUCCCCAGCUCCGUGGCUACCUCCACUCCAUGUUCUAUCUGUCUAAGGGAGUUUACCCACAUAAAUUAGUCUUUUGAGCAUGUUGUGAAGAGAGACUCUUAUUAAAAUUGGGAUUUCAGCA